AUGAAACUCGCAAUGUUUACUUCCAUUUUCGGUGUAUUAGUAACAGUAUCCUGUGUAAUAGCUAGCACUAAUGCUGUAGCAUACAUCGCCAGCCCGCUGUUGCGUGCCUAUCCGUACGUUUAUAGUGCACAUAGUUCAUCGCUGGUCACACCCACUCAACAACAAUAUCACACCCAGGACGGUUUGGGACAAUACGCUUACGGCUAUGCCGAGCCUCAUUCUGCGAAGCAAGAGGUACGCUCACUAGAUGGCAUUACUCGCGGCUCGUACAGUUAUCGUGAUGCUGCAGGCAAAUUACAAACUGUGGACUAUACCGCCGAUGACAAUGGUUUUCGUGUAGCUGCCACCAAUUUGCCACGUGCCGUAGCUGUAGAACAAUCGCAAAAGCUGGAACAGCAGCAGCCCUUUCGUGCGGCGGAAACGUCAGGCGGGGUUCCCUUUACCGCCGAUGUUGCAACAGCCCGUGACGUUCACGCUGCAGCUCAUCGGGAGACUUUACUGCGCCUUUCAGCGGGGGGUAAACCUAGCGGCGAAUCCGCUACAGCCGGGUCAGAUACUGGGUCUGUACAAUUGCCUCAGCCCGUGGAUGAUACAGUUGCCGUGGCCGCUGCAAAGGCAGAUCAUUUUAGACGACAUGAACAGGAGCGAGAAUUACACGAAAUCCUUCAGCAAGGUCGAGCUAUUACCCCAACAACAAUUGUACCAACUGCAAUAUCAGCGUCUGUAAUUCCGAGUAUUUACAAUUACGGUUACCCAUGGAGAUACUAUUACUAUUGA